ACAAGUAAAAAAAAAUAGAACAAAACAAAACCUACAACAUGUGUGGCAUUUAAGUUUCCUUUUCUUAAGUGUUUCAAAUAAAGGGAAGCCUUUACAAUAAUUAACAUGGAUAUUCCUAGCGUCCCUCUAGAAGGCGCCACCGUAAAGUUUAGACGCGCCCAAGCUUCACGCCUGCGGCAUCAGCAUAAACUAUUGCUACAUACAUACAAAUGUCAGAGAGAAGAGGCACGGGCUAAAGGCGAGAGCUACCGAUGUAGAGUUAUGGGCUGCCAAAAAAUGAGGGGACUUGUUGACCAUAUGGUGUCAUGUCCAGCUGAUAAGAAAUGUUCUUGGCCAUCGGGUUGUACAUCUUUGAGAAAACUGAUGCGGCAUUAUUCAAAGUGCACCAGGGAAUACUGCCCAGCCUGUACACAGAAGACAGAGUGGCAAAUGACUGUGACAGAAGAAGAAAGAAGCGAAAUUGUUGAUCUACUGGUGAAUAUGGUCCCAACCACAAAUUCGUUCUUUACCAUGUGGUUUAUGAAGAGUCGCUCCAACUUUCCCACGGAAUCAUACUUGAAAGUAACAGAACGCUUCGCCUACAUCACGGCUAAAAGCAGGGACGAGUACUUCCGCACACUGGCUGUGUACAAAUGGAACAUAGAAAUGGAAAUAAUGGAGAUAGAGAAAGAAGUUCAAGAGUUGGCGAAGAGACGGGAUGAAGUAAAUAGUGAGCCGGAAGAGCCAGAUGAUAUUGAGCCAGUAUGAAACAUGAUAAAACGUCCACUAGAUGGCGUACAGCCUGCCAAAAAAGAGUAGAAAUUCAAAGUGGCAACAUCCCUCGUCGUGUCAACGUGUCAUCCCUUUCCUUGCCAAUACGUGUGAGAUAAUUUUUAAGAAAAAAAAACCGCCUUCCUUUGGGGUUCUGGUGAUAAAUACUUUCAAAUGUUGGAUUAUGUUAUCAAUUCGUCUGUAUAUUUUUUAAUGUUUGUUAUUCGAUAUCUCCAU